UGAGACAAUAAUUUUCAAUAGUUGGUCGGUCUUGUCAAGAGAGAGUUUUGUAAAAACCGGUGAACGCCGGCUUUAGUCAUUCUUUUUUAUUCAUUCGUAAUUUAGAUCUCGUGGCUAGAAGUUGUAAUCUUCUGCAGAUUAUUUAAUAAUUUCAUUGGGAAUUACAGAUAAAAUCAUUCACAAUGCCAGUUCCCGCAAUUCAAAAGCCAGCCCCAUGUUUCAAAGGAAUGGCAGUUGUUGAUGGACAAUUCAAGGAGAUUUCUCUUUCCCAAUACAAGGGCAAAUACGUCAUUCUAUUUUUCUACCCUCUUGAUUUCACCUUUGUCUGUCCAACGGAAAUCAUCGCAUUCUCCGAUCGUGCCCAAGAAUUUCGCGAUAUCGGAUGUGAAUUGAUUGCAGCUUCAACUGACUCGCAUUUCUCUCAUCUCGCGUGGGUCAAUACAGCCCGUAAAGAAGGAGGUCUUGGUGUAAUGAACAUUCCCCUUCUCGCUGACAAGAGUUGUAAAAUUGCUCGCGACUAUGGAGUUCUUGAUGAAGAGAGUGGAAUCCCUUUUCGGGGACUUUUCAUUAUCGAUGAUAAGCAGAAUUUAAGACAAAUUACAAUCAAUGAUCUUCCAGUCGGAAGAUCUGUCGAUGAAACCUUGCGUCUAGUUCAAGCAUUCCAAUUCACUGAUAAACAUGGAGAAGUAUGUCCAGCUAAUUGGAAACCAGGAAAGAAAUCCAUGAAACCUGACGUUAAAGGAUCAAAAGAAUACUUUGAAAGUGCUUAAAAUGCCUUUAAAUUUAGUGAUCAUAUCUUAUACAAAUAUACAGGUUAGCCACAAGUAAGGAAAAGUUAAGGAAAAAAAAUUAACAGAUACAAAUUUGUUAUUUUGCAGGGUAAUUGGUCUUUCCACCUAUUUUCAAGAAAAAAAGUAUUGUGAUCCCUGCUCUAGUAAAAACAGUAAAAUACAGUAGGAAAACACAUUUUUAUAACUUCAAAUUAUUAGAUUUGUAUUAAAAUUUAUUAGUUUUAAUACAAAUUUUUAAUGUUAGGUAAAUUUAAAUUUUUAUUCUUGUGGCAAGCCUAAUAUAUCAUAACGUUUGUUAGUACAAAUAGAUAAGUUCAAAAGAACUUUUAAGUUUUUAGCAAAAAGAAAAAAUAAGAAAUCGCCUAUUUGUGUACUGCAAUAUUUUUCAAUAUUGAUAUUUUCAUUUUUUCUCCGUCUCUUAAUAAACAUUGGUCUUUUGUAAUAAAUAUUA